GUUUUAAGUUACAAUAUCUAAAAUCUUUCUUUUAGUGUUCUGUCACUCGUAACGAACGGUUCGAGACGUCACUCACUGUUCACGCUCAGCUGUUUGAUGCUUGUCUAAAAUUUAGAUUUUAUAUAAAAACUUUAGUAAUAAAACAACAAUGAAAAUUUGGACAAGUGAACACACUUUCAACCACCCUUGGGAAAAGGUUGCAACAGCAGCUUGGAGAAAAUAUCCAAAUCCUCAUAAUACUGCCGUUAUAGGUACGGAUGUCGUCGAAAGGAAAGUAGUAGAUGGAGUAUUACAUACGCAUAGAUUAGUUAGUUCUAUUUGGUACUUUCCUAAAUGGGCACAAGCGCUCAUAGGCUCGGCUAAGAUCUGCUACGCCAGUGAACAGUCAGAAGUGAAUCCCUCAUUGCGUUUAAUGGUAUUAAAAACGAUAAAUCUGACAUUUUGUAGACACAUAGCCGUAAACGAAACUCUCAAAUACGUUCCGCAUCCUUCGGAUCCUUCUAAAACUCUUUUGAAACAAGAAGCAGUGGUAACUGUGAAAGGAGUACCUCUAACAAAUUAUAUGGAAGAUUUGCUGACGACGAAAAUAUCAAAUAACGCGGGAAAGGGUAGACAGGCGAUGGAAUGGGUGAUAAAUAAAUUGAACGACGAAGUGAAGGAUUUAACGAGAAGUACGGACGAAAUUUUCAGCCAGACCAAAAGAUCCUUAGACGAUAUAGCCACGAGUGCGAAAAAGUCGAUGGGGGACAUCUCUCAAAAAGCAAAAAAGAGUCUGGACGAUAUGCAGACGAUGAAUCUUAGUUAAUUUAUCAUUAGCACGUGUACGUCGUUGUUUUUUUUUUAUUGCAACAAGAGGAAACCGAUUGUUGGUAGAAUGAGGAGUGUAGUAACCGAUUUUAUGUCCUAAAUCUCUAAAACUUAUUACGAAUUACGUAAAUUAAUAAAAAAAUUUAAACGAAA